AUGAUAACACCUUUUCUACUACAAGUUAAUAACCAUAGCAACAACGUUCGCCCAUACUCCGAUAAAGCCAUCCUACCGGCAAACAUCCUCUCGGAAAUAAUCAAUGAUGAGAUAGAGUUACCACACCCGUUAAUAUUCAAAAUCACAAAUCAAUCGGAUCCAUUCGUCUACACAUACAUAGGCGUCAAGGAAUUCACCAGUGAGCCUGGAGAGGUUAUCCUACCGAGUUUUGUAAAUGCAAAACUACAAAAUCCAACCGAUGUAAGUCUAGAACUUGAACGCAAUAUCCCCAAGGCGAUCUCACUUUGUAUAAAACCUAAAUUGUUUUACGCCAAUGUCAAGAAUUGGAAGUUUUUCCUUGAAGAAAAGUUACGUGAUUAUACAGUUGUGAACCGAAAUGAUUGUGUGAUUAUUGAAGAUGAUGGGUUGAAAUACGAAUUGAUCGUGGAACAAAUCAAUGGUCCUGAUAAUGUCACCGUUGCGUCUAUAAUUGACACUGAUGUCACAUUGGAUAUAGUUCCGUUGAAUGACAAUGUAGCUGGACAGCAAUUGGAGUUUAAUAAAAAACAUCAAGAAGUCAGUGACAUUCAUGAAUUAGAAUUGGGUCAGGAAGUAUUGAUUCAUGACUUGUCUUCUUUUAUGCUGCCUGAGUUUGUUCCACAGAUGUAUAAGGUGAAUAUUCGUAAAUGGAAUAAGCCCAAGUUGGUCAUUGAGUUGGAAGCUGGGAAUUUGAUAAAUGCCGAUUGUGUUGUUGGUAUCAAUCCAUUAGUAACGAUCGAAAAUCAUACAUUUAGUACUUUGAAACAAGAUGGAGAAAUUUCAGAAGACAUGAAAAGUGGUAUGUCUGUGAAGAAAACGAUUGUCGUGAAUUUCAAUGAUGAAUUGAUUUUGAACAAGUUGAAUCGGUGCAAACAGUUUCCAGAUGAAGAAAAUGAAGAAUACUUGUAUAUUGUUCCAUUCACUUGGCAAGGAAAGCAGGACAUAACUUUGAGAGUAAUUGAUCAGCAAGAUGAUCGCCAUGAAGUAAGUGGUGACUCCAUUAAAUGUCCAAAAUGCUUCAAACUCAUUCCGAAGGACAAUUUUCUUCUUCAUGAGACUCGAUGUCGUAAAGGCAAUGCAUCUCCAAUUGAUACCAAGUUGAUGCAAUUCAAACACGCUCAGUUAUAUGAUAAUACAUACCAAUGCUGCUCUCAAAACUUUGACACAUUCUUUGACAUGGUACGACAUAAAUCGUCUUGUCCCAAAACUCUUCAUGAGUGCCGAUUUUGCCAUUUGAUUGUACCACAGGAGUUAGCUACAUACCAAGACAAGUUUGAGGAUUUGACCCAUCAUGAAAAUAUGUGUGGGGACAAGACAGACGAAUGCUACAAAUGUCGCAAGAUUGUACGGAGAAAAGAUAUUGCCAAACAUAUGAAGAUACAUGAAAUGGAAAAAAUUGAUUACAACGAUGCCAUUAUAUUCAACAAAUGCUCCAAUGUCAACUGUAGCAAUGAGUCAAGUGGCAAUACAUUAGGUCUAUGUGACUUGUGUUUUGGCCCAUUAUAUAUUGCACAACAUGAUCCCAGCAAUAUUAAAUUACAAAGUCGAAUUGAACGAAGGUACAUUCUUCAAUUAACAAAAGGUUGUGGUCGCAGUUGGUGUACCAAUGAAUAUUGUGCCACGGGUAAUCCAAAACUCAACAAAUCAAUAAAGGAAAAUACGGCGUUGAUGGCUGGGUUAUUCGCGUCAAUUCAUCAACCUCGAUUACCAAUCAAUGACAAAAAUGGAAUAUCAGUUGAUGGAGUGAAUAAAGUAUGGUUUUGUGUAAAUGAAUCGGUCUCGAACAAAAAAGUUUGGUUUGAUAUAUUGAAAUCGGACGGUAAUUAUACCGAGGCUGUUAUUCUCCAAGCAUUAAAAUUGAAUAAAGAUGAGUUACUGGCACGGAAAUGGUUGCAAAGUAACGCAAUAGAAAAGAGUCUGUAG